AUGAGUUGGGGUCUGGCAGCCAUUGAGGCUUCCCGAAGUCCCGAAGUCGGGGCCGUUUCCGCCAGCCGUUCAUCUGUUCUCUCCAUCUUUGUCGUCCUCAACCUCCCCUUCCCAACGUCUACCAACCUAGAUCGACCCGAAAUCCAGUCCUUUAGAGGGCGAGAAUCUGCCACGAGUCGGGCUGCAUUUGCCUCUCAAUCACGAUGCUCUGCCGACUUCCACAUGCAGGGUGGGCAAUGCCUCGUAGAGUGCGUGCGCAUCUCUAAACGAGACGACACAAACUCACUGACAACCUACAUCACGUACACCCGAUAUCGCGAGCAGCUUUAG